AUGUGCGACAUAACCUUUGUGAGCCGGGCGUCCGAUGGCCUGCUCCUCGCGGAGACUUGGGACGACGCCACGGCGAAUCCCCAACUGCAUGCGCUGAAGCAACAGGCCAAGCAAGUUCUGAAACGCAUCGCGCACGGCCCCAAUCGAUGCUCAGUCGACGCUGGCGCGUACAAGUACCACUACCUGGUUGAGGACGGAGUCGCGUUCAUGACGGUGUGUGGCGCGUCCUAUCCGAAGAAACUUGCUUUCUCCUUUUUGGACGACAUUCAGCGAGCGUUUCAAGAAGAGCUGCAGACGUCGUUUGGGACGCAUGCAGUGGACUAUCGAUCGAUUAUCGAGACAAUCGAAAAACCAUAUUACUUUGUCAAGUUCGACCGUGUCAUACAGAGAAAGAAACAGGACUAUCGCGACCCUGACUCGAGUCGAGCGUUGAACAAACUGAAUCAGUCUCUCACAGAAGUGACGGGAAUCAUGAGAAGAAAUAUCGAAGACAUUCUGCAGCGCGGCGAAAAUCUCGAAGACGUCGGGAGGAAGGCAGGAGACCUAAAGGACGCGUCGGCCAAGUUUAAGGGCCUGGCCAAGGCGCUGAGUUUCCGCGCACUCCUGCAGCAAUAUGCCCCUCUCCUGGUCAUGUGUCUCUUCUUCCUGAUUCUGAUUUUCUGGAGAUUCUUUCUGUGA